AUGAGCGGCGAGUCGCGGUACGAGAUCCAGCAGAGCGCCUACCUGAAGCUCGUCCUACACGCCCUCAAGCACCGCACCUCCGCCGUCAACGGCGUCAUCCUCGGCCGUACUUCUCCCGAUGGAUCCACCGUUGAGAUCGCCGAUUCCGUCCCUCUCUUCCACUCCCAGAUCGGCCUCCUUCCUCCCCUGGAGAUCGCUCUGAUUAUGAUAGAGGAGUACUAUGGAGAAAAGGGAUUGAGUAUUGUUGGUUACUUUCAUGCCAACGAGAGGUACGAUGAUUACGAGCUUCCUAGUGUCGCCAAGAAUAUUGGCGAUCACAUGACCCGGUAUUUUCCUCAGGCUGCGCUGCUUUUGUUGGAUAACAGUAAGCUCGAGGAUUUACCCAAAGGAAAAGAUCGAAGUCCAGUCGUGCAGCUUUACACGAAAGAUGGAUCUAGCUGGAAGCUAGUUGGAUCAAAGGGUAGCAACCAGCUCACUCUUAGAGAGCCUUCAGCAAAUACUGUGCUUUUGGAUUACAUCUCAUCUGGGAAAUGGAAGGACAUUAUUGAUUUUGAUGACCACCUGGAUGACAUCAGCAAGGACUGGCUGAACGCAGGACUUUUUGAAUAA